UCCUGGGCGGGGACAGUAAGUCAACCUUGGGGAAUGACCUUGAUAUAAGCCUAACAUGCAUAAAUACACGCUGGUUACCUGUUCCCCGACAGGUACUUAUUAUUAUCCUGGAGUAUGAUUGGUAGAUGUGGGGGACGGGUGUAGGGGGGCGGCGCGCCAUUGGUGGAUGGCGGCCCCGGCCCGAGCAUACCUGUGUUGUCAUGGCCGCCCUCAGAGUGUCCUCCUCUCGCCUCAGCAGCUCCCUGAGGGGCGUCCUACACACCCACACGGCAGGCCUCGCCACCACUCCCGCCAUGAAAACAAAAAUAGGGAAAACUAAAUUUAAUAAGGCAAGCAAAGUAGGAGUUAGGAAGGAGUCUGAUACUUUUGGUGAAUUGGAAGUGCCAAAUAACAAAUAUUAUGGAGCGCAAACUGUUCGUUCGGUUUUAAACUUCCCAAUUGGUGGAGAAACGGAACGCAUGCCGCUACCAGUGAUAAAGGCCUUUGGAGUAUUAAAGAAAGCUGCUGCAGAGGUGAACAAAGAGUAUGGCCUCGAAGCAACUAUUGCCGAUACUAUUUCCAAGGCUGCAGAUGAAGUCAUCAGUGGAGAGCUUUACCAGGAACACUUCCCACUGGUCAUCUGGCAGACGGGUUCUGGAACACAGUCGAAUAUGAAUACUAAUGAGGUUAUUGCCAACCGUGCCAUUGAACUCCUGGGUGGAACGUUGGGCUCAAAGUCUCCUGUCCAUCCAAAUGACCAUGUUAAUAAGAGUCAGAGCUCAAAUGAUACCUACCCAACGGCAAUGCACAUUGCAACUGCUGUUGAAAUUCAUAAAACACUUUUGCCUGGUCUGGAGGCCUUGCAUAAAGCUUUAGAUGACAAGGCCAAGCAGUAUGCCGACAUUAUCAAGAUUGGCCGUACUCAUACUCAGGAUGCUACACCCCUAACACUUGGCCAAGAAUUUAGUGGUUAUGCUCAACAAAUAGAAUUUGGUAUUGAAAGAGUAAAAGUCUGCCUACCACGUCUUUACAUGUUGGCAGCUGGUGGAACAGCUGUUGGCACUGGACUCAACACCAGGAUUGGCUUUGCUGAGAAAAUUGCUGCCAAGGUGUCUGAACUUACUGGCCUUCCUUUCGUGACUGCUCCAAACAAGUUUGAAGCCCUCGCAGCUCACGACGCCAUGGUGGAGGUUUCGGGUGCACUGAAUGUGCUAGCGUGCUCCAUAAUGAAAAUUGCCAAUGACAUCAGGUUUCUUGCAUCUGGUCCUCGUUGUGGCUUAGGAGAGAUUUCUCUACCAGAAAAUGAACCUGGCUCCUCUAUCAUGCCUGGUAAAGUGAACCCCACCCAGUGUGAAGCUAUUACCAUGGUGGCUGCCCAGGUGAUGGGCAAUCAUGUUGCCGUCACUGUUGGUGGCUCCAAUGGUCAUUUUGAACUGAAUGUCUUCAAGCCGAUGAUGGUUGCCAAUGUAUUAAGGUCCAUCAGACUGCUUGGGGACAGUUGCCAUGCCUUUGUUAAUAACUGUGUGGUGGGCAUUGAAGUGAACCACGAGCGUAUACACAAACUUCUCCACGAGUCUCUGAUGCUUGUCACUGCCCUCAACCCACAUAUUGGAUAUGACAAG